AUGAAGGAGUCAUCGGACAUAUGUAUAGAGGACAGAUGGUGUAAGUUCAAGGAGGCGAUAGAGAGAGGUGCUAAAACAGCAGCAAUGUUGCUGGCAAACCCCGAGAUAAGGUCAUCGGGGCAGACUCUAGAAGAUAUAUGGAAGUUGGCCGAGGAGAUAGUUGCGAAACGGCAAAGGUCGGACACGCAUAUCCCCGCGAGCUCAUCAACUCCUAGGACUAGUCAAGGUAACACUCUUACUAUGACCAACAUCUUGGAGUAG